UCCGGUUGGACACAGUAUGGGCUCAAGGCUGACAGAUAGCAGGCGGACAGUCACCGUGUGACAGGAUGCAUAUCGCGGAUUUUGUGUCCGGAUCAUUCGCAGGAGCGUGUGGCGUGGCGGUGGGAUACCCUCUGGACACCGUGAAGGUCCGGAUCCAAACCCAGAAACAGUUCACGGGAGUGUAUCAGUGUGCGGUGGCCACGUUCUCUAAUGAAGGGGUGCAUGGCUUCUUUAAAGGCAUGUUCCUGCCCCUUGCCACGGUCUCCAUGACUUCUUCGGUGGUGUUUGGCACGUACAGGAACUGCCUGCAGUGCCUGAGCCAGGCGCGAGGAGCCGCCGGAGGCUCCAACACCAAACUGGAGGUGUUUCUGUCUGGACUGGCAGGCGGCAUCGCUCAGACGUCGGUGAUGUGUCCCGGUGACAUCGUGAAGGUCCGUCUGCAGUGUCAGACUGAGUCCAAGCGAGGGGGAACCAAACCGAAGUACCGCGGCCCGGUCCACUGCCUGCUGAGCAUCACCAAGGAGGAGGGCUUCAUGGGGCUCUACAGAGGGGCUCUGCCGCUCAUGCUCAGGGACGGGCCGUCCUACGCAACGUACUUCCUCACUUACGUAACCAUCUGCGAGUGGCUGAUCGACAGCAGCCGGAAAACGCUAGACUGGAGUGCGGUGAUGCUGGCCGGAGGGAUAGCCGGGAUGGCGGGCUGGACUGUGGGAACGCCGAUGGACGUGAUCAAAGCCCGCCUGCAGAUGGACGGCUCGCGGGACAACAGGCGGUACAGGGGCUUCUGGCACUGCGUCACCGAGACGGUGAGAGCGGAGGGAGCCGGGGUUUUCUUCAGGAGUCUGAGCAUCAACUGUCUGCGAGCGUUCCCCGUCAACAUGGUGGUGUUCUUCACCUACGAGGUUCUCACCGGUUUGCUCCGAGCUGGACCCGAGAGCGUCGACCCGCCCGUAGGGAUGGAAUAACGUCAACUACCUCCGGUCACAUCGUGUUAUAUCACCUCUGUGGUUUUACUUUGUACAUUGCAUUGCGACAUUUCCACUGAAUGAUUGUUGAAUCUGUUACAUGGCACACGUACAGGCAUUGAUCAGGCAUUGAUCAGGCAUUGAUCAGGCAUUGAUCAGGCAUUGAUCAGGCAGUGAUCAGGCAGAGGGAGCUCAUUCUAACGCUCACAGAGGAACCACAUCAGUAUUAGCUGAGCACAGAGACUGUACCAGGAUCCGUCUCACCACUAGAUGGCCUCCCAGACCAGCUUCUUACAUAUUUUUAUGAAUCACAACAGAGUGUGUGCCUGUAGGGGGGCAGUGCACCACCAAAGCUCUGUGAGAAGUCCAGUACCAGGCCCGCUCCAAGGCCUGGACUCUACAACGAGCUGCAGUACGCACAGUUUAGCGAGUAUGCUACCCGUCCAGGUCCGAGCCACGUCCACCAAACUGUACAGCUGGACAAUCUGGCCUAAAUGUUUUAAUGACCCUGUUGAACUGGAUUAUUUAUUAAAGAAUUGUUUUGCAUAUCGCUGCACAGGACCAGAGGCAAAGCAAGAGUCCGUUUAUGCACAUUGUUCUCAUCAGUGUCUCACACAUUCACAGAUUUCUUGUUUUGUCUCCACACAUAUUGAGUCUCUAACAGGGUGAACACCGCUCAUGAAUGAUGUUUCUUGUAAUUUAUUUGCAGCAGUGUGAUGACGAUGAUGCUCGUGUGCCUUCUGGAAUAAAGGUGGAAUAAGUGA